CCAACCCAAGUAGACCCAUACCCAACCCAUUAUCAAUGGGUCUACUUGGGUUUGGGUAUAAUUACCCAUGGGUGGGUAAUUUGCCAUCCCUAUAUGGCAGGGGUUCGGUUGCCUCGGCUACCAUAGGAUCCUAUUCAUACAUCUAACCUCAAUUUUCUUGAUAGCCUAAAACUCCAUACCCAACGUAGAAGCUCAACUAGGCUAGUAGAGAAGAUUAGGGUGACUUACCCAAACACAAAUCAAAGAUAGAAUAGCAUGCAAAUCAACCAGAUAAACACAUUCAUUCAUUAAAAUCCUAAAAUAUCCAUACAUACAUAGUAACCCUAAAACUAGGUUUGGGGUUUAGAACCCCUAAUACCUUAGAGAACUACUCCAUCAAGGGGGGAAGAAGAUACUUAGAAGAGGUGGAAGAAGACUUGAUGUUGAGAAAGAUUACUCCUCUCUUUUAGCUCCUUCUCCUUCUUCUCCUCUUCUCAUUCCUUCAACUUCUCCCUCUUCUCUCUCUCUCUAAAACCAGAAAUUCUAUCUCAAAAUCAGUUCACUUGAAUGGGAGAAAGGGAUCUUCUAUAUAUAGGCAUCAGAGGACGGAGAAGUUCGCGGGUAGGAAGGACAGAGAUAGCAGGUGUGAUCUUCUUCACGGAGGCCGCGAUCUUGCGACGUUAUCGUUUAGGCCUUUGGGGACAAGGAGUUCGCGGGAUGACUUUGCGGUCGCGAUCGCGAACUUCCUUGCGGUCAGUUUGCACUUCGGCCGUGUUUUGCCAGGGGAAACUCUCUGUUUCUCCUCGGCUGCUUCUUCAAGAAGCUCCUGCAUUGAGCCCUCCAAUUCGCGACCGCGAUCUUCAACUUGACAUCGCAGGCAGGGUUCUCGACCGUGAUCUCUAUCUCCAGGCCACGAUCUUCGGUCUUCUACCCCAUAUGUGACACUUGUGACCUUAUUUUGUACCUAGUUCGCAUGUAUUGUCUAAAGCACUCUAAAAUCACAUUGAAAUCAAAUAGGAAUGCAAUUGACUCUGUUCAAACAAUUAUGCACAUGAAUUGGCACAAAACAAACCUUAAUAUAAAGGGUAAAUAGUACCAAUUUAGGUGUUGUCAAACUCCCCCACACUUAGGGUUUGUUUGCCUCAAGCAAACCUACUCAAACCAAUGCAACAUGAUAGACAAAUUAAUGGGGAAUGCACUCUAGUUCUUCAUUGCAUAAGGAAGAGUAGACGGAGACGAAUGAACAUUACUAUCAUCUUACUAUGCAAGUAAAACUCUCGGAUGAGUUACUACCUUAGGCCGAGCAUUCAAGGUGUGCACCGGGGGAAUUCUUAAACAACAAAAAAUAAGCACAAAAACACUCGAUGGCGCUCUUUAUUCUCUCUUUUGAUUAAGGACUUGUCGUUUAUUGGUCGCCUUUUUCAACGUUGACACGCAUUGCACCAAGCUUUUGCACUCUUUUGCAAACAAGCAUCUCUCGCUCAUGACCAAGAGCGGAUGAAUCAUAGUCUUCCCUUUCAAAUUCACAUGCGGGGAAGUCGAUGGGCGGAUUCAUCUUAGCCCGAGCACCACUUCCCAGCCUGCAAUCCUCAUUGGGUUGUCACACAUGUUAGGUACAAACGAGAGUUGUGAGUUCUCAUAAUCGCUAAAAGGUACUUUAGACCUUGGCGUACGAUUCCGUGAGGAGGAAAGAUGCACGGGGGAUGAAAAGUAGUGAAAGAUGGUCGGGACGCGGUAAAGUUAUCCGAUCCCCAAGCAUAUCCUCAAAGGGCACUCCGAAUCCGUGAGGAUUGGUUGCCUCUCACGUGAGAACCUCAUUUUCUUAAGAUUUUUCUCCCUUUUCUUUCUUUUCUAAUACGCACAAACUAGUAAAAGCUUCGAGUUCACAAAAAAAAAAAAAAAAUCCCGCACACAUUUUCUUCCUAAAAUAGCAAACAUUAUCAACUCACAAAAGAGGAAGAAGAUAGCAAAAUCCCUCAUACACCGGUACUCUAUUCAUGCAACUAUCACCUAGCGAGCACAAAACAUCAAUCAUUUAUCAAAUCAAAGCAUAUCGAGUAGGGAGUUGUAAGGAACAAGGUAACUUGGAACACUCAAAUUUGAAUUUUUUUGGGUAAAGUAUUCCAGCUUCCAAAACACCAUCAUUUGACCAUUAAUCACCACAACACAAACGCAAUCGCUAGCAUGCACUCCCAUAGACAUUCAUCAACAUCUUACAUUCAUAAAAAAGAAGGAUAUAUAUAUAUAUAUAUCAAUUCAUGGUUCAACCAAUCAUUAUAAUCAUUCAAGCAUUCACACAUUAUUUUAAUUAAAAGCAAAGAAAAGCAAAGAAAAGGAAGAGGGGAGAAAUUAAGUCCGACCGGCUGCAAAUGAUUUCAGUGAUUUGUGCGAUUUCAGUCACCAUCCCCACAUAGCUAAAUGCAGCGACGGCAGGAGCAGAGACAAGGAGAUGUUGAUGCCGGCCCGGGGGGGGGGGGGGGGAUCUCAUAAAUCGAUAAUUCGAUGUUGUCGGGGGGGGGGAUGGGGUUCAUGGACAGGGGAAUUGAACCGAGCAGAUCGAAUCUCCUUCCCUCGAUCUAAGUUGGAUCGCUGAUUUGGAUCAAGGGCCUUCAGUGCGAAGCACCUUGAUCGCUGAUCUGGUCGUCGAACCGCUAGUAAUUUGAGGGGAUUGGCCGCGAACCACCUAAAAGUUAGGUAGUUUGGGAAUUAAUUUUUCAAGUGUUG